AUGCGCUGCUGCUUCACUGCAGAAUACAGGGAUGUGAAGUAUGAUCUGGUGCUCAGCAGCGGCUUCCUGGCAUUUGCAAACCACUGCGGCUUUCUGCAAGCAGUGGAGGAUGUGGGCCUGCCCAUCAACGGCAUCAUGGGCACCUCGGCUGGCGCUCUCAUAGGCUCCAUGUAUGCUGCCGGCUACACGCCCCGGGAGAUAGUAGCAGAGUUCUCCAAGCAUGCGCCCAUCGACCGGCUGAAGUGCCACGGGCGGCCCUGGGAGGGCGUGCUGUCCAUGGCGCCGCUGAUUGAGGAGCUGCAGGCACUGCUGCCGGGCAGCUUUGCAGAGCUGAACCGGGACUUUGCGUGCGGCGUGGUGGGCGCCGACGGCCGGCACGUGCUUCUUGACCGCGGCUGCCUGCCCGCCGCCGUCUCCGCCUCAGCCGCAAUCCCCGUGAUCUUCUGCCCGGUGCCGGUGCCAGACCGCGCCGACGGCCCCUUCAUCGACGGCGGCAUCCGGUGCAGGAUAGGGCUGGACCUGUGGCGGCAGAACCGCUACGGCAGCGAUGCAGCGGCUGCCGCUCCUGCUGUGGUGCACCUCAUUGGGCGCAGCUCGCCCUUCAGCGGCAACGACAACACCGCGGGCCUAGCCCACCAGAAGGCGGUGGUCGUCAAGUCGCCCAAGAGCGGCGUCAGCUUCUGGAGCUACGGCGACUACGAGGAGCAGUUUGAGGCGGCCCGCAGCCGGGCGCUGCCCGUGCUGCGCCAGCUGCUGCUUGAAGACGACCAGCACAGCAGCGGCGGGGGCGUGCUGCCCUCCGGCAGCGGCAGCGCGGCGGCCGGCCCUGGCAGGCUGGCGGCCGCCGGCAGCGGCUGA